AUGCCUCCCAAGAAGGCGGAUCAGCCCAAGAAAAAGAAGCCUACGGUCGAGGAUAAGACCUUUGGCAUGAAAAACAAAAAAGGAUCGUCUGCAAAGAAACAGAUCGCUCAACUACAAGCCCAAGAAAAAUCGAAUAAGUCUUUGGAUGCAAAGAGAAAAGAAGCGGAGAAAGCUAAGCGUGAAGCUGAGAAGAAAGCCGCAGAACAGGCUAAGCGUGAGGUGGCGGAACUGUUCAAGCCCGUACAGACCCAGAAAGUUCCGUUUGGUGUGGAUCCUAAGACCGUUCUCUGCGUUUUCUACAAACAAGGUAAUUGUGAGAAAGGUCGCAAGUGCAAGUUUAGCCAUGACCCGAACGUCGAGCGGAAAGCUGCUAAGAAGGAUUUGUACACCGAUUCUCGAGAUGGCAAGGCUGCCGAGGAAGAGGAGAAGAAGAAAGAUACCAUGGACGGCUGGGAUGAAGAAAAGCUACGCAACGUUGUCCUUAGCAAACACGGCAAUCCAAGAACAACGACUGACAAGGUUUGCAAAUUCUUUAUCGAGGCGGUCGAGAACCAGAAGUAUGGAUGGUUCUGGGUUUGUCCCAAUGGAGGUGACAAGUGCAUGUACAAACAUUCUUUGCCGCCUGGUUUCGUUUUGAAGACGAGGGAACAAAAGUUGGCUGAGAAAGCCUUGAUGGACAAGUCUCCGCUGAACACCUUGACGCUGGAGGAUUGGCUGGAGUCCGAACGACACAAGUUGACCGGUGAACUGACACCGGUUACGCCUGAAUCCUUCGCCAAGUGGAAGAAGGAUCGCCUGGACAAGAAGGCGGCCGAGGAACAGGCCCAGAAAGCCAAGGAAGCGACCGGACGAGCGAUGUUCGAAAGUGGAGACUGGGAGGACGAAGAGGAGAGUAGUGAUGAGGAGGAUGACGAUGGUGCUUUCAAUCUGGAUGCCCUGCGGAGGGAGACUGAGAGAUUGCGUGAGCAGAAGGAACAAGAGCGCCUGGCAAAGCUGCAUGGGACACCGGUUCCUAUCUCGAAUGACGAGACAAUCGCACAGGAGGGUGAAGGAUGA